UGCCGAGACGGUAGGCUACAUAACCAGCGGUUCACCUCACAUCAGUCCGGGAUUGCCACAACACACCCAACACGAAGCAAUCAUGGCGGACUGGAGUCACAAGCUGGUAAGUUCUAACAAUUUUCCAGCGAAAGGAUCACGUUGACCAGAAUGAAGCGCGCAAAACUCUCUCGCACCUCAAUAGGCAACAGCAAAAUCAGCAAUGGCAACGAGAGAGGGUCGACUUUAACCCCAAAAGGCAGCUUGAACGGCUCGUCGCAGAGCUCGAAGGAUUCGAAGGAUUCGAAGAAGAGUCAGCGCAAGAGUUCCAUAUCAAGCUCGACGAAAAGCAAGCGGCGCCAGUCCAUUUCAGACUCGCUCAAGAGCGUGUAUCGCGGAAGAACGAGCCAUGCUCACGACUGCCGAGGCCUCGCCGUCUCAGAUAUGGAGCUCUCGCAUGUAAACACACCCGCGGCCGGCUCGACAGGCUCUAUCGCGAUGGUCAUGACUCCGUCGACGUUGUCCCAGCCUGCACACCAGCCUCUGCCACAGCCGUUUGUGGAGCAAUUGUCCCCUCAAGACGUCCCCAUCAGCCAGCCUCAGGAAGCCCACUCUUUCGAUGCGAGCAAGAGCAAGCGGAAGAAGGAGACCUUGAGGAUCCGGCUUACCCGCUGGUUGACGGUAGCAAAGACCCGCCACCCUCGCGAGACCCAGCGCUGACCCGAACGGGACAUGUGGAUGUUGCCGCGCGUGUCCAGGCGUUGGAGCGCCAGAGACAAAGGCAGCAAGAGCUACAGCAACAGCUUCUGAGGCGUGUUCCGUUGGUUAUCUCCGCCACGCCACCUCCUGAUCCCACCAAGCACAACGCUCCUCUCAUCUUUCCUCUACAUUAUAAGCGUUUUGUGAGGAGAACUAGUCAAGCUUCUCCUGUGCCACCUACAACUGCAGUGCACGUGCCGAGUCAUUCAGGGCAGACAGUCUUACAGUCUCCACGACCUUCAAGAAUCGUGCCUUUCGUACGGGCUCCUAUUGCGAACUUUGCAAAAUCAACUGUUCAGCAGAGCAGUCCAUUCGAGGCCGCUCCAAAUGCUGCUCUUGAUCU